GUAGUGAGAGUCUAGCUGGAUGCCUUGCUAAUCCCGCGCGUAAAAGCAGUUUUUUUGGAACGCCGUUUGGAUACCCAGCAGCAGCUCAUUUAUGGUGAUCAAAACCAUCAGAUUUGAAGUUAUUACCAACUCGUUUGGGUGCAAGGCUGAAACUUCACCUUGGACUGACUUUUUGCGGGUCAAACAGAAGUUUGCUGUCUUUGAGGACCUCUCUCGGUCGCACAUGACCAGCACCAGAUGCCAAGGAGUCGCCCGAUUCACAGGUCAAAGAGAUUUCUGUCCCUUUUUGUUUUUGCUAGAUUUUAACCAUGUGUGCUUUUAUUAGUCGGAGGUAAAGCGGCUGGAAAACACCGGUGCGCUUGGAAGGGAAAGAAGGAGGGUGCGCGCGCGCGCUCUGAACCAAACCGGAGAGGAAAUCUUGGAGAGAGGGUGGAGGGGAGGGGGAGUGAAGGAUGACUUUAGGAACGGAUAUGUCCGACAGCUCUGCUUUGUCCGAAGAUGUGGACAUUGAUGUGGUCGGCGGGGAGGUUUCUGUGGGGAAGGACGGGAAGUACAUCCACGAGUUCCACUUGGACAACGACUCGGACGAUAAUUACUCGCAGAACGCCGCCGAGAGGGUUUCCUCUCCGGGACUCAGCAGCUCGGACUGCCCGUCGGARCAGCUCGGGUCCGGCGCAGAGCCCGGCACGGUGAUCGGGGACAAACCCCGGAAAAGCGCGCUGGUCAAGCCGCCGUACUCCUACAUCGCUCUGAUCACCAUGGCCAUCCUGCAGAGCCCCAAGAAGCGCCUGACGCUCAGCGAGAUCUGCGAGUUCAUCAGCAACAGAUUCCCUUAUUACCGGGAGAAGUUCCCCGCGUGGCAGAACUCCAUCCGCCACAACCUGUCCCUCAACGACUGCUUUGUGAAAAUCCCCCGGGAGCCCGGCAACCCGGGGAAGGGCAACUACUGGACCCUGGACCCGGACUCCGCGGACAUGUUCGACAACGGGAGCUUCUUGCGCAGGAGGAAGCGCUUCAAGAGGCACCAAAGCAACGAGAUCCUCCGGGACUCCGGCGGCUUCCUGCACGGCUUCGGAUACGGCCCGUACGGAUACAACUACGGACUCCAGUUGCAGAACUUCCACGCGGCGCACGGCCCUUUCCACGCGCACCACACGGGCGGCUCCUUCCCGUUCCCGAACGCGCCGUGCACCUUGCCCUCCUCCGCCUCCCUAUUCCCUGCGCCGCACCACCUGCCCUCCCUUUUGGGGAGCGACUUGCGGAAGCCCUUUUACCCGCAGCUGAGCCCGACUCUCCCGGCCGUCAAGACGGACUCGGCCGCUCAGAACCGGCCCUCGUUCUCCAUCGACAACAUCAUCGGCGCGGCCAACUCCAGCGGCUCGUCGUACGGCGCGCAGCCGGCCAGCCAGGCUCAGAUCCUGGCCAUGCUGACCCCGGCCCUGGCCUCCGCCUCCACGCACUUGAACUUACCGCAGGAGGGCAUGUUUCAGGCGGCGCAGACUCAGACUUUCCCCUCCAAAACCUCCAACAUGAACACUUGUCCUUACUAAAAAAAAAAGAUAGAAAAAAAAGA